AUGGGAUGCCCAACCGAGAGUUCUGAGCCUGCAUCGCGAGACCCUGCGUUCGAAGUUGACUGGGAACAAAAUGACAAAGAGAAUCCCAACAACUGGCCUUUGUGGUACAAAUGCUUCACUGUGUGGUCUGUUUCACUCACUACAACAUGCGUGAUAUUGUAUUCCACGUCAUAUACAUCUGGCUCGCCGGGAAUCCAAGAAUCCUUCAAUGUUACAUCUAGGACUGUGGUGCUGAUUGGGCUGACUACCUACAUGAUAGGUCUGGGACUCGGUUGUCUAGUCCUCGCACCUCUGUCUGAAGUGUAUGGUAGACGAAUAAUCUACAUAAGCACUGGUGCCUUGUUUACUAUCUUGGUCGUACCUGUGGCACUGGCACCAAAUUUCGAGGCCGUCGUUAUCAGCAGGUUCUUUGGUGGUUUCUUCGGCAGUGCUUCGGUAGUAGCUGGUCCUGGCACUAUAAACGAUAUAAUCCAUCCCGAGUACAGAGCUUUAGCGUUUAGUCUAUGGAGUCUUGGGGCAAUGAAUGGCCCGGUUCUAGGUCCUAUUAUCGGCGGCUUUGUCUACCAAUAUCUUGGAUGGCGCUGGAUCAAUUGGAUUGUGCUUAUAUGUGGUGGAGCGUCAACCGCAUGCCUCUGUUUGGUGAAAGAGACGUACGCACCCGUCCUGCUCAAGAGGCGACGAAAGGCGAAGCAAAUCGAAACUGGCAAUACACGCUGGUGGACCAAAUAUGACAGCCAAGGUGAAGAAAGCAUCUGGAAAAGACUACAGACUAGCCUUAGCCGGCCACUUAUCAUGGCAAUUUUUGAACCAAUAUGUUUAUUCUGGAACGUAUAUGUGGGCGUUGUCUAUGCAGUAUUAUUCCUCUGUUUUGUCGGGUAUCCAAUGGUGUUUCAGCAACUCCGCGAAUGGUGCCCUGGUCUGGCAGGACUCGGAUAUUUGGGGAUUGGCACUGGCAUAGCGCUGGCGGUGUUCUCAGAACCAUUAGUCCGCAAGUUCCUCAUUGCAAAACAUCCACCCGAUCCGAUCACUGGAAAGAUCCCACCAGAGGCGUUGGUGCGACCAAUAUGCAUCGGUGGGAUACUCAUUCCCAUCGGGGAGUUCUGGUUCUCUUGGACCGCCCGGCCACCUGUCCAUUGGAUAUCAUGUAUACUAGCGGGUGUCCCAUUUGGGUUGGGAAAUGGGCUAGUGUUUAUCUAUGCUACCAGCUAUCUGGCAGCUAGCUAUGGUAUGUAUGCCGCCUCUGCUAUCGCUGGAAACUCGGUGGUUAGAUAUGUGUUUGGGGGAGUAUUGCCACUCGCAGGCUCGAAGAUGUAUGGGGCAAUGGGGGUGCAUUGGGCGGGAACGAUGUUAGCACUGGUGGAAGUAUUUUUGACAUUUAUCCCAUUUGUUUUCUAUCGAUAUGGUGGAAAGAUCAGGCAGCGUAGUCAGAUGGCUUCGAAGAUCAUCUAA